AUGGGUAUAUAAGCGGGGCCCGGACGAUUCCAUCUCGACACACGACCCAACCUUCAUCCCGAACACCGACGAAAAACGGUUCCUACGCAGAAAAAAAAACGAGCGUAAUCGUACGCGCGCGACGAAAAAAAAAUAGCAGAAGAGGGGUCUACACAGAACACUCGCGGCACAAUCUGUUCGGCUCUCUUUUGUCCGCUGGACUGUUUUUCCCCGAGCGUUUCGCACCAUACGUAACGAGCACAUCGGUUUUCCACGGUUAUUUUUUUCGUAACCAGUUCAAUCGGUGAAAGAGGAGCAUUUCAUAUUACUGCGAGAAGCAGCAACAGGACGAGAAAGGCGAACGGAAUCAACGAAGCAAGUUCGGUUCCACUGGGAGGAGAGAAAAAGACAGAUAGCAAGAUGAAGGUGAUCGUGACAGCGAUGGUAUGCCUGUUGGGGCUGAAGUUGGCGAUUGCCAUGCCCUUGGGCGGUGCCGAUGAGGCGUCGUCGGAUCAAGCUGAAAGGUGGGCACAGAAACCUGCCGGUGCUCCGGGAAGUAUAAAAGCCAUCGCGCCCGAGGAAAAGAGUGCCAUCCUAAGCGACCCUCUGCCCGACAAGCUACCACUAGCUGAGAAGACUGAGAUUAAGAUAGAGGAGCCUCUCGUCAAGGCCGAGAAGAAACUGGAGGAGAUCAGCAAAGAGCAGAAACUUCCCGAGCAAGAACCUCCGCUAUUGGAGCCGAAGCCGAUCCUCCCUCAGGAACUGAAGCCGGAGGAGCCCAAGGAAAUUAAAAAAGAGGAAGAGAGUCUGAAACAGGCUGCCUCUGAAUCCCUCGAAACGGUUCAAGCUGUGCCUCUGGAACCCAAACAAGAGCCUGCUGCAGCUCCUCUAGAGCCGGCCAAACCUGUGUCCAUCGAAGGCAAGAGCUCCGAGCAGGUUCUGAUCUCCAGUUCAGAGUCCGCUGAGAAGAGCGCGGAAGCCAUCAAGGAAGAACCGAAAGAAGAGAAAAAGAUCGAAGAAGUUAAACCCAGCCUAAGGAAGGAAGACGAACCCGCUCCCGUUCUUCCAGUAGCCUCCGAGGAAAAGGUAGCUCCCGCUCCCGAAGAAAAGAAGCUUGCCGACAAGCCCGCCGAAGAACCAGCGAAGAAAGCCGAGGAGAAGCCGGACCGCGUAACCCGUGACGCCGAGGAAGCAGUUCCCGUAGUGAGGAAACUCGACGUACUCGCUGAACAAUCCCCGGCGCCGGCUGCAAUCGAGAAGAUCGAAGAACCAGCGAAACUAGCCGAAGAGAUCAAACCGGUCCUGAAAAGCGAGAAAAUCGAGCCCGCUCUAGAACAGCCCGCCAUCAGCUCCGAGGAAUCCUCCAAGAGCGAAGAGAAAGUGGACCUUGCCGCUCAACCGGCGAAGGAGGCGAAAAGCGCCGAAGUCGCCGCUCAGGUAGAACCCUCAUCCGAGCUGGCGAAACCGGACGAGGCCAGCCAGGCCAAACGGGACGCCGCUGAGGCCCAGUCCCAAGCCAAGUCUGCGCCGCUCGAAGAGAAGAAGAAAGAGGAGGAGCCGCUGAAAGAGGACGCCGUCAAGGAAGCGAAAUCGGACAACUCUUCGGAGGAGAAGUCGGCUGAGAAAAAAGAGGGGAAGAGCAGCGAGGAGUCUUCAUCAUCCGAAGAGAAGGAGUCCAAGCCAGCCGAGGCAAAGCCCGAGCUUCUGCCCAAGCCCCAGGAGCUCAAGAAAGACGAAUAAUGAUCGCAGCGGGAGAACGAACAACGGUAGCCCCAGAAGCAGCAACAUCUCAACGAGAUAGCGAUCGCUCGUAAUUUAUCCAGAUACAAAACACCGCCGCGUUGAACCACCAAGCAACAAGGAUGCGCGCGAGUCCCUUCACCCCCGAGGAUAGAGGCGAGAGGGAGCCUCUAUCGCGUCUGUACGUCAGGAUAACGUGAACGGGAACGGGUGAGAAAGAGGAAACUGAGUGAAAGCAUCGGUGUGAAUGGGAGAGAGAGAUUGUUUCGAUCAAAUUGUGGCAGGGUCCAAACAUCCCCCGGCGCGCUACGAUUCCGAGAUAAAUAAUAACA